UCGAAUCUCUGUGCCGCCCUGCGAUAUCCUGCCGGCGGCCAGACGCGCGUGUCUCGUACACCCAGCUCAUCCGGCCUCGUCCAAAGGUCCCAAGUCUUCAGCACCGGUCGUAUCUGCAAGAGUGACGUGAGCGGACGGCAAGGAUGGAUGUCACUGCACUACGCCCAUCUGUUGUCAGUAUCUUGCGCCAGUCGGAUCUGAACAAGAUAUCCGCCAAGGCUGUCCGCCUGAAGUUGAUCCAGGACCCCAUCUACAGUGUCCAGAUCCCAGCAGGGGCUGAUCUCAACGGCAGAGACAAGGAGGCGAUCAACGAGCUGAUCAAGGAGUGCUUCGAGUCGAUCAACGAUGAGGUGAACAGGAGCAGACACGCUGGAGGUAUCGCUUUGCCUGGUACCGGCGGCGUGCCUGGAGGGCUUCCGCAAGGGUACCCUGCGCAUAACGCACCCGCUCCUGCUUCGAACACAGCCGUCGCCGCGUCAUCCUCCAAGAAGAAGCGAAGCAAAGCUCAGGUUAACGAUGAGAUCGACUCCGACGAGGAUGCCGGCGUGUCCAAGAAAAAGGCAAAAAAGCGCAAGACGACCGGCGAGAAGACGAAACGAGCGGCAAAUCCGAACAACCCAUUCAACAUGCCGCUCAUCCUUGAUGCGGUGCUUGCCGACGUUUGCGGCGUGGAAGAGCUUGCGCGACCUCAGAUCGUCAAGAAGAUAUGGGAGCACAUAAAAGGAAACCAGCUCCAAGAUCCGCAAAAUGGCCGAAGGAUCCUCUGCGACGCCAAGCUCAAGAAACUGUUUGGAAAGGACGAUAUUGACUCAUUCGAGAUGGCAAAGCAUAUCAGCGCACAUGUCACCAAGAAACCUGCUGCCCCAGCUGCAACUCCGGCCGAAGGGUAGCGGCUCGUGAGGGCGUACAGCAAACUAAACCGGGCUCAGCCGGUCGCGAGCCUCGUCACACUAGUAAUCGACGUGCAGCUGUGUGCGAGCUUCAACACUAUCCAUCCUACCUUUCUUCGGAG